AUGUCUCUCGCAGCGGAUUCUUACGACUCUACAUUGGCCCUUCCUUGCGGCUGCACUGCAACUUAUGACUUGGUACGGGCAGAAAUGAAAAGAGUACUCAAACCAAAAGAGCGAUUGGAAUAUCGUGGCAUCACAAUAUCGGCAAUGACUGGGUUGAAGUUCGACAAGCCCUUUGGCAUUAAUAUCGCUGAAGAACUGAUCACUGCCGACUUUGGCCGUGGCAAGACGGCUAGAUACAACUCGGAAUACUUCCAGAGCAUUCGUGAUAUGCAAGAGACGGAGGAGUUGAAGGCUGCUCGCGCUGCCUAUGUCCCCAAAACCAUGGAGGAAUUACACAAUCAAUACUUAAACUUCCAAAUUCCCUCGGCACCCGAAGAUCUGGCAUUUGUUGAAGCGCAGCUGAGAGCGAUGGCUAUUGAUAGUAUUGCAUGGUGGACUGAGUUCGUUAGAACUCAAUCACCCGAGGACCAGCAACAAUGUGGCCUUCGCAAGAAUCGAACCGAGGUCUCAGAAGACGAAGCUGCAGAGCACCAUUGCAAGGAGAGGGAGUCGGCCGAUGCCCGAAAGUGUCAAACAUAA